AUCUCUCUAUCUUUCGUAAUUUCCAAGAAACAAAUUAAAAACCUUUUCUACUAAUGGCUUACGUAGGCUUACUUGAAGUCUUUAUAGCUUUUCUUAUCUUUAUCUUCUUCCAUUUCUUGAUCCACAAGAAAGCCCAUCAAAUCUUACCUAGAAACUGGCCAGUUCUUGGGAUGCUUCCUGGUGUGCUCUUCAUGCUUCACAUGAUUAAUGACUAUGUCGCAGAGGUUCUCGAGGUCUCCAACUUGACUUUUGCCUUCAAAGGCCCAUGGUUCUCUGGAAUGAACAUGUUGAUUACUGCAGAUCCUGCAAAUAUUCAACAUGUUUUCAGCUCCAACUUCUCCAAUUAUGAUAAAGGACCGGAGUUCAAAGAGAUGUUCGAUUUUCUAGGAAAUGGGAUCUUCACUGCUGACUCCAAACUGUGGGAGGAUAUGAGGAAAUCCGCACUGGUUGUGCUUAGCCAUCAAGGGUUUCAAAGCUUCUCAUUGAGGACCAUCACGCGUAAAAUCAAGAAUGGGCUUGUCCCGGUUCUUGAUCAUUUUUCAGAGGCGAAUACGGUUUUCGAUUUACAAGACGUGUUCCAAAGAUUAGCAUUCGAUGUAACCCUUACUCUGGUUACGGGUUAUGACUCGAGUUCUCUUUCCAUAGAAAUGCCAAAUAAUGAGUAUGCUAAAGCUAUGGAUGAUGCCGAAGAAGUGGUUGUGUAUAGACAUGUUAAGCCUCUGAUCUUGUGGAAGUUGCAAAACUGGUUCGGACUCGGAGAAGAGAAGAAGAUGACGAAAGCUAAUGCUGCUUUCGACAGAUCAUGUGCAAAGUAUAUAUCUGCAAAGAGAGUGGAGAUAAUAAGUCAUCAUUCUAAUAUUGGGGGAGAAGCUCGUGAAGAGGAUUUAUUAAGCGUCUACAUGAAUCUAGAUACUUCCAAGUAUGAGCUUUUGAACCCAAAAGACGAUAACUUCCUCAAAGACAUCAUCAAGAGUUUCAUGCUCGCCGGAAGAGACGCCAUUGCAACAACUCUCACUUGGUUCUUUUGGCUUCUCUCCAAGAACCCUGAAGCUGUGACCAAGAUCCGCCAAGAGAUCAACACAAAUCUACCAAGAUCCGGAAUGAGUUUAGAUGCCGACAAGUUAAACAAGAUGGUGUAUUUACAUGGUGCAUUGUGUGAAUCACUACGCCUCUACGCUCCAAUCCCGUUCGAGCGAAAGACUCCCAGAAAACAAGAUGUGCUUCCAAGUGGACACAAAGUCGAUGCAAAUUGGAAGAUCUUGUUCUCUGUCUAUGCAUUGGGGAGGAUGAGGGCCGUGUGGGGAGAGGACGCGUGUGAAUUCAAACCAGAGAGAUGGAUCUCUGAAAGAAAUGGAGGCUUAAAACAUGAACCAUCUUUCAAAUUCUUCGUGUUUAAUUCUGGUCCAAGAAAUUGCUUGGGGAAAAAUUUAUCUUUCUUGCAGAUGAAGACAGUGGCUAUUGAGAUCAUACGAAAUUAUGACAUAAAGGUCGUUGAAGGGCACAAGAUUGAGCCAGCUUCUUCCAUAGUCCUUCACAUGAAACAUGGCCUCAAAGUCACAGUUGCUAAGAGAUGCUUGGUCUCAUAAAUUCAAAAGCACAAUAUUAUCAAACUUGUAAGAAAUCAUUAAUAAAUGAAACAUCAUUUG